GCAUGAGGAAUAAUUACUCAUAAAUCAUUAGCUUAGUGAUUUUCAACCAGUGUGCCGCGGCACACUAGUGUGCCGCGAGAGAUCGUCAGGUGUACCGUGGGAAUUUUUUAAUAUCACCUAAUUAACCAUUGUCGGGUGUCUGUGCUGUAAUAAAGUGUCGCAGAUAAUGUACCGUAAUUUUCUGACUAUAAGCCACGCCUUUUUUCCCAUUUUUCGAUUCUGCGGCUUAUAUAACGGUGCGGCUAAUCUAUGGAUUUUUACAGCUAACGGCUACUCGGAAAAUUAGUAUUCAAAGCUUAAAUCAGUAUUCUGAGCUUCGUUUAUUUUUAAGAAAAAAAAGUAAUACUUGACGAAAUGCUGACCUUAGUUGUUUGUUUACGUUCGCUGUACAGCGCCGCGCCAAUCAACUUUGACUGGCUUGCUGCAGAGCGUCAGCGUCUUGGGAAUACCCGAUCAAUGUAAUGGAUAUAAUAUGGACACAUAAGACAAUCAAUGUUCGGUAUUUGUUAUGGAUUUAUUGUACAAAUUCCCUGAAAAGAUGCACGUUUCAGGAUGAAUUGAAAAGCUCCCGUAAGGGCUGAGAUGGCAGAGGACAGCUGAUUUGGAACGGAAGAACAGCUGUUCGCUUUCACGGGGAAAAACUAAAGAAUUUCAACCAACUUAGGCCUACUAAUUAACGUUCAAAAGCUAUCAAAUAUUCAACAAAAUAUGCAGAUACUGUCAAAAUCGGGUCCAGGGAGUAUAUAGGGAUUAUUAAUGUGUGUUUUUUUCUGGAACGAGUAUUCGAAUAUUUGCUCGGAAAAACCAACGAGUUUUCGAAGCCUGAAAAAUGGCAUUCGGGUCAGCCCUAAUGGUAAUCAAACAUUAAAACAGAGAGAGACUGAGAGCUGUUGAGGAAGAGCUUCGUGUGUGUCUUUCUACCAUUCCUGCCAGGAUAUCCAUUUUGUGUUCAUCGAAACAGGCCCAGGUUUCACACUUAGUGAGUAUAAUUACAUUUAGAAAAUAUAUUAUUAACUAUAUGUGUUAGAGCUAUGCAGUUCUUAGAUUUAAUAGUAAAACAUUUAUUUAGUUUGUUUGCUUAAUAUAAAAUAAUAUGACUUUUAUGUUUAUUUUCUCGUUUGUAGGGAUUGGAAUUGAUCAGAAUUUCACGAUUCCGAUUCCUUAUCGAUUCUCUUAUCGAUCCGAUUCCUUAUCGAUUCUCUUAUCGAUUCUCAUUGGGUGAGAAAAUAAGUAUAAAUGUGUUUGUUUGUAUUAAAUCUCUUUAAUAUCUGAUCAGAAGUGCUUCUAGUAUUAGGAAAUUGUACAUUUUCAAAUCAAUUGGUCUAGACGAAAAAAGAUAUGUUUGGCUUUUUAAGCCCAAAUGCCAUCAUUAUGUGCCAUACAACUAAAAACACAGACUGAAAACAGCCAAGUAAGAGCUUGUGCCUUUUGGAAUGCUAACAGUGCUCAUUUGCAUUCAACUUGUAACAAAAUUCAACUGACAUAAACAAAAUGAAGCAUUGAUUAGACAGAGAUUUAUUAGAUGGGCCUACCUAAUAAACCGUUGGAACACACAAGACCGGAAACCAUAGCAAUGACGGUAAACAAACCCCGAGAAGCCCAAUCCCUAUGAGAGCUCCCCACGCUACGGCCAUCCGGAGGCAACAGAGCUGUUGGCCGUGAUAUUAUAUAUACAAUUAUAAUAUAUUAUAUACUAUUAUAUAUAGAGCUCCGGGAGUCGCAAACUGCAACAAUCACUCUCUCCUCCAUGCCGCAGUUCACCCCGGACUGCACUGCAAUGAGUUUGACGGCUGAACGCUGAUUGGCUGUUACGUUACACAUGUCACUCAGUUAUCACGCUGUUGAACGCUAAUUGGCUGUCAUCACGACAAAAACUUGUCGCCGGUUUUCUCCCGCGAAAAAUUCGCCCUUAUACGCGUCUCUACGUUCACUUUGUAUGGGAUCUUGUCGCCCUGUCGCGUUUGGUGUGAACGCACAAUGCGAUUCUUCCUCGGCGGCGACAUGUUUGCUGCGUUCUGAACCAAAUCAAAGCAGCGUGUGUGUGACGUCACAAUGCAUUUGCCGCGACCGGAACCGAUAAGCGGAAUUGUUAAGCAGGCUUGCUAAUGAUUCCAAGGAAUCGGUUGACUCGGAACCGGUUCUGAACAAGAACCGGUUCUCGAUUCCCAUCCCUACUCGUUUAUUAUAAAUUAGUUAAUUUGAGUUUGUUUAUGCUUUUGUUUUGAAGUUAUUACUAGCCUAUAUAUAGAGGUGGCGGGCAUAGGUAAGACAGGCAUAGGUAAGACAGGCACUGGGAAGGGUCAUGGUUUUUUACCAGCUGUACGAGAGAGACAAAGGAGUGAGGCUGCUGGUUCACACUGUUGCACAUUUGUUUUGUUUGCUUGGAAGAUCGGAAAAUAAACCUGCAGAAAUCUAAAUUCACGACUGGACAGUUGACUCUUUCCCCUGCACUGCGUAAGAUUUGUCCCCCCUUGUGCCUCAGUGGCUAUUUUGAUUACUUUGCUUUGUUUGGUUUCUUAAUUUUCAAGUUAUUGUUUUAUUGAGGACAAAUCGCCACAACAAUAUCUAUUAAAUGUACCAUGUUAGAGUGUCAUUUUGUGUCAUUUUGGUUGGUGGUGUGCCCCAGGUGGUGUGCUCCUAAUGUUGGUAGUGUCUGAUUUUAACUGAGGUUUAAGUCUAGAAUACACAUUCUGAGGCCCCGUUUACACGAGUUCGCUUGCGGGUAAAAACAACAACAAAAAUGUAUCGAAAGUGCCUUUCGUUUAGAGACGGUGACAGCGUUUUUGGGGCUUAAAAAUGCAAAAAUUUGAAUCCACCCUCCAGAGUGGAAAACUUGAAUACGCUCCGCCGUAGCGUUUCCGUCGACACUGCCAAGACGCAAAACUCUGCUCAGAUCUGCUCACGUCGCGUACGCGUUUACGUCACAUACAUACCCCUGUACAGGGAAAUAAACAAACAUGUUGGAUUAUUUCCAUGCGUCGGACCGUCAAGCUGCUCUGGCAGCUCUAAUAAACUAACAGGAGUCUUUCCACGAAAUGUACAGGAUAUGUACAGAUAGUAGGCUAUUACUGAACAGAGAAGGAUCUGUAAUUAUGUUUUGGUUUUCGCGGCGCAGAUAAGAGAAGAAAGAUUCUACUCAUGCGCUCAGACAUGGCGGUGUUGUGUGAUAGUGUGUCACAGCACCACCUAGCCGCCUGACAUGAAUACCCAAUCGAAUUCCACACACUUUUGCGUCAUCGUAUGCACGCAGAUUUCCUCCCGAAAACGCUUGUCUAGACACGGAAUAAAAAAUUCAAACGCGACGCUACUUUUGGGUCUUCUGUUCAGACCGUCAUCAUGUAACCGUAGCCUGAGACCACAGACGAGGAACCAUGGGAGGGCGAUUCCUCUCACCGUGACGUGAGCCAGCCGUCUUUGAGGGGCCACUAAUCCGUAAAUGAGGAACACUGACUCAAGCCAUGCUGGAGACGUUCUCACCAGACUCAGACUGAUAUUUGCUGCCUGGCUGAAUUUGCAUGGCUUCGGGGGACAUAGGCAAUGCGGGAGUGGUCUAUAGCUCCCACAGUGAAACACAGAGCGAAGUAGGAAAAAAAACUUUGGGUUACUUAACGUAAUCCCUGGUUCUUCGAUAACAGAGUGAGGUGUUUCACCAACAUGUCCCACCUUGCAUUUACACAGAAAGAAACCGGUAUAGAAUGAUUUGAGGAAGGAGGGUCGACUGUAAAAGUGCAGGGGGCGGGGCCCUGUGGCACAGUCCGACCUGUCUGUCAAGGACAGACGUGGUGCGAUUGGAGCUUCCGUAGUAGGUCACGCCUAUGCGAUUCCCAUAGUGAAACACCGAGCGAAGUUAGAAAAAGAACCAGGGAUUACUUUAAGUAACCCAAAGACUCACUCGUACACAUUGCAACUUUGAAUUGAAUGGAAUUUAUUUUUUUAUUUAUUAAAUAAAAGUUUGAAUGGGGUGGAAAAUAAAUUAAAUGUUUAAUGCACUAAUAUUUAUAUCGAUAUUUGAAUAUAUAUAUAUUUUUUGUCCUGUUCCACUUAAUUUACAGGCCAUCAGCUUUGGGAGCGAGACAAAUCUCAAACUCAACAUUGGAGAAUCAGAUGAAGGGCCAAGCCUAGAUAACCAGAGAGCAUCCUCACCUACACCAAGCGGUAUCUCCAUGAAGAGUGACCGCUCCAUUGAUCAUCCACCAGAACUCAACAAAGGAAAAUCAGUGGGAGGGCCCAGCCUAGAUAACCAGAGAGCAUCCUCACCUACACUAAGCGUCGUCUCCAUGAAGAGUGACCGCUCCAUUGAUCAUCCACCAGACCUCAAAAAAGGAAAAUCAGUGGAAGGGCCCAGCCUAGAUAACCAGAGAGCAUUCUCACCUACACCCAGCGGUCUCUCCCUGAGUGACCGCUCCAUUGAUCAUCCACCAGACCUCAGGAGAGGAGAAUCAGUGGAAAGGCCCAGCCUAGAUAACCAGAGAGCAUUCUCAUCUACACCCAGCGGUCUCUCCCUGAGUGACCGCUCCAUUGAUCAUCCACCAGACCUCAGGAGAGGAGAAUCAGCGGAAGGGCCCAGCCGAGAUGAGCGUCCCAGCAAUGCCUUUGUGAAGGAUGAAGUACUAGACUUUAACAAUGGAGAAUCUGAGGAAAGCAUUCAACGAAAAUUAAAGCAAGCUGCCAAGAAAAAAGCCAAGGACAAGCUCACAAAAAACCUUAAGAAGAGAAUCAUCGAUGAGUACGGGAUACGCCCGAGGAAUGAGGAAAUUGAAACUGACCUGUUCAUCACAGGAGGGCAGAAAGACAAAAAGGGAGGUAGAGAGAUCCAAACUGGAGCCAAGGACACAAGACAAACUACAUAUGAUGAAAUAUUUCAAUCCAAAGGCUCUAUAAAAAAAGUGCUAACAAAGGGGUUGGGUGGUAUUGGUAAAACCUUUCAGGCACAGACACUCAUGUUGGACUGGGGAAGGGGAAGGAUUUACCCAGAAAUUGAUAUGUUAUUUAAAAUCAAUUUAGGGAAACUACAAUCAACAGAAAUUGAAAGUCUGGAGGAACUACUUGAUCAUUUAUUGGGAAAAGACAGUGAACAUAGAACAUCAGAUUAUAAAGACUACAAAAUAGCAUUUGUGCUUGAUGGUUUGGAUAAGUGUCAACUUCCUCUUGACUUUGAUCCCAAGAAUGACUUGACUGACACCAGAAAGAAAGAUUCUGUGGACAGGCUACUGACAAACCUCAUCAAGGGAAAUUUACUGCCGUCUGCUUGCCUGUGGAUUCUAACCCAACACUCAGCUGCUGAUAAGAUUCCCGCUGAGUUCAUUGACCGAGUGACUGAGUGUCAAGACUCUGUGAAGCGACGACAGAAGCUUAUCAAGAGCAUGAAGAAACGGUAUACUAAUGACUUUCAAAAUAACAAAGAUUUGAUUCUUCCCAACCCAAGUAACACUGAACACAUUGAAAAGGAGAGCAGUGAUGCUUUGUCGAAUGUCAAGGCAAUAUCUUAUGCUGUAGCUGAUAUUUUCAAAGAAUCAAAAACGGUUCUAACAAUUGUAGAUGCUUGCAUUGGAAAAACCAUUCAUGCACAGAAAUUCACAAGAGAGUGGGCAGGAGCUGUCCCCUCACGCAAAACCCGACUUUUUAAUUUAGUAUCGAGAAUGGAACCGGACACAGAAAUUGUGUUCCAUCUAACUUCUCACCAACUAUCUAAAUUCAAAGAAGAAAAGAAAAGCUUGAUAGAACUCCUCAACGACGUCUUCACAGAAACUGAACAGUUUGUAAUAUCUGACUUUGAGAAGUAUAAACUCAUAAUUGUCCUGGACGGUUUGGAUGGGCUUCCACUGGACUUUGGCGACAGUGUUAAAACCCUGAGCGAUGUGAGAGAGGCAGCCCCUGUUAGUAGGCUGCUUUCCAAUCUCAUCAGGGGGAAUCUGCUUCCGUCUGCCCUUCUCUGGAUACUCUCCAGGCCUCUGGAAGCCAAGCAAAUCCCCUCUAAAUUCAUCGACAGACAGACAGUAAUACGAGAAAAGCCGGAUUUUGCAAGCCAGAAGAAACUUAAAGAUCAUUUGAUCAAGCAGUUUCAACGAGUCUCCGAAGGGAUCACCCAACAAGGAAAGUCAGCUCUUCUUCAUGAGAUCUACACAGAGCUAUACAUCAUAAAGGGCGAGAGUGACGAUGUCAUUGGUCAGAACGAAAGCAGGCGGGUUCAAGCAGCAUCAUUUGAAAGUGGUAGACAGGAAACGGCAAUCAAACAUCAUGACAUCUUCAAAUCAGGACAAAAUAGAGAAAUAAGAAGUGUUCUGACAAAUGGAAUUGCAGGGAGUGGAAAGACAAUGGCUUUACAGAAGUACAUGUUGGACUGGGCGGAAGGCGCAGUCAAUCAGGGCAUAUAUUUUCUCUUUACAUUUCCCUUCCGGGAGCUGAAUUUGAUGAAUACUGUAGAGCACAGCUUUGAAGAAAUUAUAAAUAGCUUCUUUCCCGAAAUGAAGACAUCAGAAAUCACAAAUUAUCGUAAUUACAAAAUCCUUAUUGUACUCGAUGGCUUUGAUGAGUGUCGGCUGGAUCUUAAUUUCAGUGAAAUUAUGGACUGGUCGGACAUGAAAAAGCCAGCACCUUUGAACGUCCUGCUGAAGAAUCUCAUCAGGGGAAACCUGCUUCCCGGAGCACAGCUCUGGAUCACUGCGCGGCCCGCAUCCUCCAGAAACAUUCCUCCGGAGUGCAUCGACCUGGUUACCGAAGUCCGUGGAUUCAAUGACCUCCAAAGGGAGCAAUACUUCAGAAAAAGAUACGAUCCAGAGCUGGCCGAGAGAAUCUUCUCCCACAUCAAAACUUCAAGGGCACUUUACAUCAUGUGCUACAUUCCAGUCUUCUGUUGGAUUACCUCCACUGUGCUGGAAGACUUGAUGCAUAGCGAGGAGAACGUGCAGCACAUGCCCAAGACUUUGACCGACAUGUACAUAUGCUUCCUCUUGUUACAGUGCAAAGUGAGCAUUGUAAAAUUCCAGGGUGGUGCUGAGAAAAGGGAGGACGUCAAUGGUACAGAGUCAUACUGGACCAAGAAAAACAAAGAAACUGUGUUGUCCCUGGGGAAGCUGGCAUAUGAGGAGCUGAAGAGGGGUAACUUGGUCUUCAUAGAAGAGGACCUAAAGCAACGUGAAAUGGACAUCACAGCAUGUGCAGUCUACUCUGGCCUGUUUACACAGAACUCAAUGGAGAGUUAUGAUCUGAUAAAGCAAAACCUGUACAGCUUUGUCCAUCUGAGUAUUCAGGAGUUCCUUGCUGCGGUUUAUGCCUUUGUCACAUUCGUCAACACAGGGGAAAAUGUGCUCACUGAGCCUGCUAUUACAGUCGGAGGCCAAUCCGACUUCUACAUAUGUGCUGUGGACAAAGCUUUGGAAAACGACAAUGGAGAUUGGGACAUGUUCCUUCGCUUCCUCCUUGGUCUUUCCCUGGAGACAAACCAGAAGCCUCUGCAUGAUCUGUUGGUGAGCCAGGCAGGAAGAAAGCAGCCUGAGACCAACAAGGACACAAUUGAGUACAUCAAGACAAAGAUUGAUGGAGACAUCAAUGCAGAAAAGCGCAUCAAUCUGUUCCACUGCUUGAACGAGCUCAAUGACCAUUCUCUAGUGAAGGAAAUAAAGGACCACCUUCAGAAACAAAGCCUUACGUUUGAAAAAUUCACACGACCACAGUGGUCCGCCCUGAUGUUUGUCCUAUUGACAUCAGAUGCGGAUCUGGAUGUGUUUGAUCUGAAAAAAUACGUCAAAUCAGAGGAGGUUCUUGAAGGAAUGCUCCCCCUAGUGAAAGUCGCCAAAACAGCUUUGCUGAACAGGUGUGACCUCACUGCCAGGUCCUGCGAAGGCUUGGCAUCCUCUAUCCUGAAGUCCAGCUCUUCUAACCUAACAGUGCUGGACCUCAGCCACAAUGAUAUCAAAGAUGCAGGAGUGGAAAAGCUUGCUGAAAGCCUGAGGAGCAAAUGCUGCAGGCUUGAGGUUCUCAAGUUGUCAUACUGCCAAGUGACAAAAACUGGCUGUCUGUCACUGGCAUCAGCGCUUGAGCUCAAUCAUUCACAACUGCAGGAGCUGGACCUGAGCUACAACUACCCAGAAAAGUCUGGAGAACAGAGGCUUUCUGCCAUCGCUGCUGAUCCAAAAACAAGUCUGAAGACACUCAGAAUUGACCACGGGGGAGAAUGCAGACUAAAGCCAGCUCCAAAGAAGUAUGGCAUUGAGCUCAAGCUUGAUGGGAACAAGGCCGGCGAGAGACUGGUCCUCAGUGAGGACGGUAGAACAGCAAGGCGAAAGAAGGCCAAGGACAUAGAGGGUUUCUCCCCGGACCACAAGCGCACGUCCAUGAGGCCCCAGGUGCUCUGUGUCGAGGAACUGCCUGACCUCUGCUAUUGGGAGGUCGAGUGGAGCGGGCAUGUGGGUGUGGCUGUGGUUGAUAGUCGAAUCGAUUGGAAGGGGCGGAGUUGUGGGUUUGGAACCAAUAAGAUGUCUUGGAGUCUGGUCGGCAAAGUAAAAGGAAAUAAAGUGAAGUACGAGUCUUGGACAGACUCAGCGAGCGGGAAACCCUGUAAAACAACAGGCCCCUUGGGUCCUAGACUCGGAGUGUUUCUGGACAGGGAUAGGGGCAUGCUGACGUUCUAUGAUGUUUCAUCUGAAAAGCAGGAGCAUAUUCACACUUUCAAUGUUCGGUUUGACGGGCGUAAGCUCUUAGCUGGGUUCUGGUUGGGUAAAGGCCAUGUGUCACUCUGUGAGAUAUAAGCGCAUUCAACGUUUAUCUUAAAAUGAGCAGACUCUUAAUCAACUCUUUCAGGCAAAAGCAUAUCAGUCUUAAUCUGAGGGCUGAUGGUAGUUUAAGUUGCACUUGAAACGGCUCAAAACUGCACUGUAUCGGCUAAGGAAAAAAUUCAAGAUGACUUGAAUAAAGAAGACAAUAUGACGGCUAGUCACCACUGCCAACUAGCCGGCUUAUUAGACAUGAAUGUGUCAUACAUAAAUUCAAACGUAAAAAUGCCUUCUAACUAUGCUCAUUAGGUGAGUGCUGCAUGCAGCGCUCAACUAUUGUUCUUCAUACGUUUUAUUCUUUCUUUCUUUAUUAUUCUCUACAAACUUUGGGACCUAUCUCUUUCCUCAAUUUUUUUAAUUUUCAAAUAUUAAGGAUAGAUAUUAAGAAUGUUCUACUUUUAAAAUAUUAUCUUUUUUAACAUGGGAAUCAAUGGGAGGAUGGCAGAGCCGUCCUCUGGUACUUCCAACUGUUUAAGACGUAAUUAAAUCAAUUUUCAGCCGUUUAUCUUGAUAACGGAAUUUCAAUGUCAUUUCAACUUUAUUCAGAAUCACAGUUUUAGUUUCAUACCGGCUUUACAUUGUUUACUCCAUUUAGACUUUUGAACUUGAUUUAAGCCAUUUAACGUUUCUUUAUGUCUUAAUCUAUGUGGCUUUAUUCAAAAAUAUUUUCAACCUCACUUUGUACUACAGCCCUCACCGCAUUUUCUGCAGGAAAUGCAUUUUCUAGUUAUUAUUAUGAUUUUGUUGUUUUCGUUAUAUUUUCAUGAAUCUUUGAUACAUACCAUGUGAUCCAUUUAGUGGUACUCCUAAAGUUAAAGGAAGGGAACCACUGAUUUAGAGGACAUUGAGAAAGAGGACCAUUCCUAUGCAUGUUGGUACUGGAAGCAGCCUGAAACAGGCUAUAUUUCUUGUUAUCUAUACAGUUUUAAUGCAAUUGUUUGACUUCUUGUCUGGAAAUGUGAUUAAAUGUGAGAUCAAACACAACGCCUUUUCUCUCAUUGUAUUUGUAUUUCACAUUUGUUUUACAUUUUUAAUCAUUCAAAAGUUCAGUUCAAUCAUCCUCAGUUAAUCCAUCAGUCAAUACAGGAGGUCAAACUCAGUGGAAAGCAGAAACCUUUGACGCAAGGCAUGCUGAUGAGCCUUGAAAACACAAAUGUAAUGUUUUAACACAAAUAAUGUUUGUUCGUUAAAAGAAACAUUGAACAUUUAGUAAAACAAAAAUUAUGAAUGUCCGCAGAUUUAGCACAUGCAUGUGCAUCAAUAGACAGAAACAUGCUCAUUUAUGUACAUGACUGUAGAAAACCGAAGUGAACUGCAGGAGCUAAGUAUCCUCUGGACACCACUAAAUCCAGGCCAGCUUCAACAAGCAUCCGUUAAGGGACAUCCCAAACAAUGUGUUCCUAUAGGGCCCACUUAGGAGCACUCAGCUUGCCAGGCUGAUCUUAGUGUACACACGUGAAUUAGAACUAUGCAAUGAUCUAAGUAUUUAUCACCUGUCUUAGCAAUAAGUGUCGCUUUGCUUAUUGUCAAACCGUGCUCGUAGAUUGUGCCUAUCCCGUCAGGAAUGAUCCUUUAGCUAUGGGUGUGUUUCCUCUUGAACUUCAUUCCACAUAGCUAGGUCAUUUGCUUUAACGCAUAGGGAUCAAAUGCUGUCCAAGCCAGGACUAAAAGUGCAAAAGUGAUGAAGUAUUUGGCUGCAAACAGGCUCCUAAAUGGACACAUCUGUGUUUUCAGCCAUGUCAUAUCAAGUCGAUUCAUCCUAAGGCACAUCAGGGAUUGAGGUAUUUAACCCAGCAUGUUAGUUAUUCCUCAGAGAUUGAAACAUUUCCACAAUCAUUCGAAAGCUUUCAGACCCCCACAUCUGAAUUCUGAUUCUAUAUGGGUGGGGAUCAUCAAAUCAUCACCUCCAAUCAGAAACCUGAGCCCACAGUCCCAGUGGCUCAUUGGCUGGGGUUCUUUCACCGGAGAACAUUCUAGAAUGUCAUACGCAAUUGGAGCUAUGAGCAGAUGCACCUUGUAGAUUCAGAUCUAGACCACUAACUCAUGAAUGAAUACAUCAAUUAAUCGAUUCAGGUUUUUUUUUACUAUGAAACCAAAACAUUGUUAAUGUGCAGUGAACCUUCAUGAGAUCCUUUAGUGAGAGGAUUUCUUCACAGUUUUCUCUGAAAGUAUGAAAGUGCCUGGGCCUACCUCUCUUUUGCCGGAAUCCCCAAGUAAACCACCAAAGGAUUCAAUAUUGUCCUCCGCUCCCCUUUUCCUUUUCUGCGCUCUCUUAUUCCCAUGGGCCCCAUAGUGACAUAAGCUGACCCCCAUGAGGAUUUCAAGACAGAGAUGUUUUACUAGACAGCUUGUCACAGGUGAUUAGCACUCGUACCUA